AUGGCGAAAGGGCGCCUUCGGAGAACGAUUACGUUCACAUUCUAUGCGGCGAUAUUUCUGCUGUGUUUCUCGAGCCUUUGCAGAAAGCUGUUACUCUGCGCUGCCGUUUUUCAAUUGGCAGUAAAGAUUCCGUGCGGUUAUAAGUUUGAGCUCGUACGAGAACCCAGCCCAAAAGAGUGUCCCAGGCCUCAUGGUUCAGCGAUCCAUACAAGUACAUCGAGAGCUGCCCGGCAGCCUAUUUUCCCUAACAAUCCUGAAGUUUCCCAUGAAGUGGAACUCAUCAUAGAUAGUAUUGUAAGGGACUUCGUUGCUUCAUGGUACCAGUCCAUAAGCAGUGAUCCCCAGUCGCCCUUUUUAGAGGAGUUGAAGUCGGUACUGUACACUGUGUUUAUUAAUUUGGAAACAGCUGUUUCCAAGGUCGACUUGCCAGAAUUCGCAGUCCUGAAAGUGCUUCCGCUUGUAACAAAGCAUUUUAAGGCCUUCAGAGUGGCUCGCGAAAAAGUUACUAGCCGCUUGCUUCUGAAAAGCUCACCUUCAGAAGGAGAUGUCUCUUUUGCAGUCGCAGUCGAAUUUGGCAGAUAUUACAGGGUCCACCCUGCGAUAUCAUUGGGAUCAGAGCCUUUGGGAGUCAGCUUGGAACGCUACUCGAGGGAAAAAGCUUUGUUCAUACUACAGCGUACUCUAAAUGACGCCGAACUGUCGUCGAAAUUUGUCCAGAUUCUGGGUCGCGAAAUCCUCUGUUGUAAUGUUAUAUGUCCUAUGCUGCAAAGGUUUGUCAAUGCUGACUUCUGGAAUGACACUGUCGAGUCUGUAGCAACAACCAUUUUGAGAGAGAGGACACAGGUCAAAGAAAUCCGAAGGGUUUUAUCAACGCAGUUGGACGCUCCAAAGUUCGACAUAGAACGAAGAUCUCUUUCGCAGUUAGAAUCUGUUGAUUUCCCAAUGAAUAUAAGUAUUGAAACAAACUCCAAAGGUUUUGAGAAAUUCCUCAAGUGUAUCAACAGCGAAAGCACGGAGCAGUCUCUCCGAGCCAUCAAGUUCUCUGUGCUCUCACAGCUACUUAACCUGGGCCAGGCUAAAAAAGCUGGCAAAGAAGAACAAUUGUUUAAAAGUCGCCUACUGCUCUCUCUCAAUCUUUUAGAAAGCCGACUAGAAUACCUCAGGAAGGGAUCAUCUGAAGCGCCGGUUUUGCUUAACGAGCUUGCUUCGACUCAAAUCGACGCUUUCAAAAGGUUUUUGAGUUCGAUGUCAAUUGACGAUGUCCUUAGCGAUGAGUUUUGUUGCAAUGUCUUCUAUGAAUUUCUCAAGGAAAACAAUAAAAAAGGCGAAUGCUGUCUUAAAUUCUGGAUGCGAAUUGAUGAGUUUAAAAAUCCUUUAGAAGAUCCAAGUACUGAUGACCUCGCUAUGAUGUCUGAAGGCGAUGUUAAAGGCCUUCACGACGCUUGUAGCGAUUUCUUUUCAAGUAGCAAUAUGCCUGUAAUGCAAACUCUAAAUGAGCAAUACGCGCAAGACAUCUCGGACUUCUGUAAAGCUCAGAUCUGCAGCAACCUACGAACUGCUGGUGAGUUAUAUCCUGCUGCAAGAAAGAGCGCAAUGCGCAUGCAAGCUUUAGCUCAUGAAUAUCUACAAGAGAAUUGCCUUCCUAAUUUCAAGGCCUCCCAAUCCUUUAGUAAUAUGAUAUCAACAGACAGCUUUCAUAACACAAGACUGUACACGAACUUUGUUUUUGGUUCUGAAGGGGGGAGAUCGAGGCAAGAGUACAGAAAAUUUGUUGCAUUUCCCCAACAGGAAGUUAAUGACCUAGAUAAAGUGAAAGAAUCGCAAGAAGGCGAAGACGAGGCGCUUCAUCUAAAAGUCAAGAAGUCCUUUUCUGAUAUCUUCGGAAGAAACGAAGAAGGGGUGAUCUUCGAAAGCAAGAUCUUUGAAGAUGAAUCAUCUGAAAAUGAAAACGACUCAAGUGAAGACUAUGAACAAUCGGAUUUUUCCGAAGAAGGAAACGAGAUUUCAAACUCCCGCGUUGAAAUCUCUUGGCCUAGCUCUUCUAUGCACGGAAACCGGGCAGAUCUGAAAAGUUCUAUCGCCGAACUCACUAUAUCCAUUGACCGACUUAGAAAGCAGCUUUCACUUCUUGAUCAUCUCUGCCUUAAAGCUGACUUGACAGAUAGCGGCUCCCAACUUAGAUUGCUGAAAAAAUCCGAGCGCUCCGUGACUAAAGAAAUUUAUCAAAAGGAACUUCUGAGGCAGCAGUUGAUUGUGCAAGAAAACUCUAACAGUUUAUUUCGAAAAUGCCAAGUCUCCAUCAAAUCCCAUUUAAGCGACAUAUCACAAGACACAGGGAAAGAAGUUGUCUACUAUAUUAUAAGUGUUUCCCACUCCAACAAUGAUGUCAUCACUUCGUGGGAUACGCCGCGUAGAUAUAGCGAGUUUUAUGAGCUUAAUGCGUACUUAAGAAAGAGAUUCAGUGGGCUUGUCAAGCAUUUACAGAAUAAAGAUUAUUUUCCUGAAAAGAUAAAAAUGUCGUUGGUUUACCAUGUUUCUAAAACAUUUCUCUACAAAGAAAGAAGCGUCAAGCUAGAGAAAUAUUUGAGGAAUCUAUUGCUCAUCUCUGAGGUUUGUCAGGACCAGCAUUUCAGAAGGUUUCUUACCCAAGCAGGUUCAACAUUUCGUAUUAAAAGCACAAGUAAAAUCAAUGAAGACAGGCAUUCAUUGCUUUCACGAAUAGAUUCUGUCUCUUCAAAGAUGUGUGAUGCAAAGAUUGCGUCGACAGCGUCUCCAAACCAUGUCAAGAGUCCCGAACUUGAAUUGAAGCUUGAAGAUGAAAUGUUCAAGGUCCCGGGGCAAGGUGGUGCAGAAACUGACCAAAUAAAGAAAGGAAACUUUAUCAAACCUAUCUGCGACUUGUUUAUUACUCUAUUUUCGCUAAACCACUCCCGCUCAAGCUGGCUAAGAGGGAGAGCACUACUUAUUGUAAUACAACAACUAUUGGGGGGCACGAUCGAGAAGUACGUCAAGGAAUCUAUCGAAAGAAUUUCAGAAAAAGACAAUAUUUUGAAAACAGUGAGCAAGCUGCGCUUAACCUUGUGGCCCGAUGGCGUUUUUUAUAAAAAAACCCAGACUCAGGAGCGUCCUCAGAAGGGGGGAGAUGAGCUCUUGGCCUCCCAAAAAGAUGCCAAGGCCAAGCUGGAAAUGCUUCUCUCUGAAACCUGUGGGCGAGUAGUUGGCAUAAGAAGCUCAAAAAAGGCUGGUGCCGAAAUUAACGCAAUGUUUCAGAAUGAAUACCUGAAUGCAAGUUUUUUUCUUGAGGUACUAGACCUCGUUUUCGCCGAAGCUUUUGCGAACUUCGCGUGA